AUGCCUUAUCUCGAUCAGUACAGCCACUUGUACUCAUACGCUGGUGGCAGCACGCGCACUGGCGUUGGGGGCUUAAGAGCAGCUGAACACCUCGGAAGGGCACUCGCAGAAGUGGACGGCCUUUUUGCAGGCUUCACCCACCUCGACGAAACAGAGCCUGAAUCAAGAACUAGUCAUUCUAGUCAUCGACCAGAUGAUCUUGCACUUGAGCUGGACUCAUUGUGCAAUACGUCUCCAGCCAACAGUGCAACAGAUUCACAGUCUGAUUUCACCCACCCCAGCGAUCAGGCUCGGGAAAAUGCCUGGGCAUCCAUCCGAACAGUUCGCGAGGGAAUGCAAAUACUCUGGGAACAUUUCAUUGAUAUUUCUCACGAUGUCAAUCUUUCCACCAUCAACAACAUCCGCGCCGAAUACCACGACGCUAAAGGACUUCGUCAAGCAGGAGUCUUUGCUUUCCGCAACACAUUAACCGGACCGGCUCCGAAUGACCUCGUCAAGAUCUUCGCCUUCUGUAGCUUAUCUUACGUCGUAUCCCGUAUUCUUUAUUCAAGAGGACGGCUUGCAGAAGGCGACAUCCUCGCUGGCAUCCGCCUUUGGCUCAAUGCCCUCGAGAAUGAAGACGAGCGAAAGGCCUUCGAGGUUCUCGCAGAGCGGCUUUGGCCCGAAUCCCGAAACCAUCUCCAUUUCAUCAACCUGGACUUGGGAGAACAGUCACAGAAAUUAGCAGGUUCUCUACGACGAGGCGAAACGCCAUUCUCGGUACCGUCCCCGCAGACAUAUCCAGUACCACCACUUGCCAACCUUGGGCCUCAGACAUCAUCGGUAUACGAACAACGGGUACCGGCUUAUUCCUUCGAGCUGGGAAGCUCCCAUGACCUGGCCAUUGCACCAGAUCUUGGGACCAUAGACCCUGUACUCUUGAACUUACUCGCAGCGGACAUUUCGCCAGCCUACGUCCAGAAUCUGACCGAUCGGACAUAUGGCGAGUUCAAUUUCUCGCUCGCACUUCCUGGAACACACGCUCAAGUUCACGAACCAGAGGCAAGUCCCUGGCACAGUUUUGACCCAGGCCCAGUCCAACCCUCCGACCUCGACAUCAAUGCAAUUGGGGGCACCACGGCAUGGAGUGCGAUGCCUCAAUCCAACGCUGGUAGUCCAAUCGCCAGCACCUCGAGCCACGACUCGCACAGUCAAUCGUUAUCGAGUACACAGACAGUCGAUGAUAUUUCAGCAUCCCUUCAGAGGACUUCUGUAUUCAUAGCUGUGUUGGAGUACAUACGAGAACACGGAGCCUUCUGGUUCAAGCUUGCUGGCUGUGGACUGCUGUCCAAAGAUCUCCGGUCAUGUCUCGCAUGGAGUCAAGAGCGAUUAAGAAAGAGGAAACAGAUAGAGGCCUCCUAUAUGCAACCACUGUUGUCAGAGAAGUAUACGAGAGACUUGCCAGCUCGUGGAAUAGUCUCCGUUGUGGAGGCAUUCUUUGAUCAAGGUCUACUACAAAGCAUCGAGGACAUCAGGAGCUACAUGGAGCGUGUAGCCAGCCUGUUGUUCAGCGAUCGAGUUGCUUGCCAGGAGUUUCGCGACUGGGUCCACGACGUUCAAGGAAGUCCACAAGCUUGCUUGUCCACUCCAAAGACUACUACCAAGUCAAAACGUCUAUCUUGCCCCAAAUGCGAGUACACAAGCGACCGAUCGUAUAACAUGGACAGACAUUACAAUACGCAUGAAAGAAAUGAGGAACAUAAUAAAAAGAAGAGCAGGAAAUAUUGAAGAUAAUUUAUGCUAUAUAUGUAUGGCUAGAAGCGCGAGGGGAGACAGAAGCGGUAGGAUUGUUAGUGUUUUGAAAGGUAACCUCGAGAUCGUACAACGACUGCGGAAUGUUGUAAAUCGAAGGCCUCGGGUUUCUGAAUGACCAGAUCGAUGAGUCUAGAAGAUUAUUAGUUUUUAG